GAGAGCGAAUCCUAAACACCAGAAGUUUCAAUCGGUUAGAAUUUGUUGAAAUGGUAUCAGAAAUUUGGAAGCAAAGAUCCAUAGCCAUUCGUAAUAUUCGUGGCCCCAUCUAAUGCUCACGCAGAUUCGUUCGUAUAAACUGAUUUGAAAAGUUCGAUUCGAUUCUUGCUUCAGCUACGUUUGUUUUGUUGCAGUGCAGAUGACUUCGUCUCUUCUGAUUAGGUAGUAGUAUAUCAUGGUUAAACCAUGGUGAUGACUCAAAGUCCUGGGGCUAUCAACAAGUUCUGCACAUUUUCAGAUACUAGCACUAGGCUUGAGUCCUUGACUCCCUGCAAGGUUACAAAGGUUUCUGUAAAUUCUUGUGUCGUGGCAAAGGGAUGUUGCAGUAAUGGAUUUCAAAGUUCGCCUUUCUCCUGGAAAGGCUUUACUCAUCAACCAUCACACCAAACAACGUUCAAGAGAUUGCUAUGCCAGCAGCAAGACUCCAUUUCUUCAGAUGAUGAUGAAUACCGAUCAUCGCGCAACAUAGCAAUCAGCUUGUUUAGGCGAUAUCGGAACUUCAUCGACCGAGGAGGAGGUGACAAUCUAAAAGAAUUCAUAAGUGCUGGGGUAAAUGCAUAUGCCUUAGGGUGCACUGAUGAAGGGUUACGAAAAGAACUUACAAAUAUGAAAGAAUCCGGUAUUGAAAUUGAAGAAAUGCAAACUUUUGGUGGAGGUACCAGUCUAAAAUCAAAGAUUUGUUACGAGGAGGUCAAUGAGUGUAUAUUGUGGUUGAGUAUUAUCUUUAUAACCAUAUUGUGUACUCCGCAACCUACCAUAGUUCGGUGGUCUCCAACACCACCUGUUUCAGAUGAGAUCAAGCUUCAAUGGAAAGGGUUUUGUGCUAUCAUUGCAAACGCUUACUAUUUAAGAGGAAUGGCAUGGCUUCCGGUGAAAACACUUCAAUUGGAGCAAAUGGCAGUGGUGGGUCGAUCUGAAGAGCCAUCAGUUGUUGCUAGCCGUAUGAGAUUAGUUUUUAGCACACUUGAGGUUGUUAGCCCACAAUGGCCACGAGUGUAGCAUGGCGAUUACGGCAUCUUCUUAAAAUAUACGUAGGCGUGGCUCGGCUCGGCUCGGCUCAGCUAGUGACAUGCCAAGGUCAGGCUUGGGACUGGGGUCACACUCAUAUAGGUUGGUUUCCCAUGGACUUCCUAUAAGUUCAAGUGGAACAUCCUGCUUUCCUUAUUCCUCUUCUUGUCAUCAUAUCUUCAUGUAGUAUUUAUAACUUCUCGAAAUCUAACGGAUUUAAAACUUUAAAAAA